AAAUGCUGAAGUUAUGCACAUAGAGAUAUUCACAGAUAGACAGGACUAAACAACUUAGUUGAGAGAUCAGAGUUAGAAACAUGAAAGCGCUUGUUAUCGAUCAGCCGAAAGGAACACUAUCGUUAAAGGAACUGAAGAAGCCUGAAAUAACACAGCCUAACCAGGUACUUGUUAAAGUGAGGUAUGUUGGAAUAUGUGGAACAGAUGUAGGAAUGGUCAAUCACAAGAAUGAAAAUGGACCAAUAUGUACUCUUGGACAUGAGGUCUCAGGAAUUGUUGAAGCCUUCGGUGAAGCAGUUGAUGACCUGAAAGUUGGAGACCCUGUAAUUGUGAGCAGUGGUAUGGCAUGUGGAUCGUGUAGUUUUUGUAAGAGUGGCAGGGGAAAUCUUUGUCCAAGUGAAGGAGUUGCCACAAUGAUUGGUAUUUCAACUGAUGGUGGAAUGGCAGAUUACAUCGUGUCAAAGCGUCGACGUCUCUUCCUACUUCCGUCUCAUCUCCCGCUGAAUAUUGGAGCUUUGAGUGAACCACUUGCAGCUGCAUUUCAUCCAUUGGAGCUGGCAGCCAGAAGUCUUGAUCCAGAAACAUCUAAUACACUAGUUAUUGGCUGUGGAUGGACCGGUAUGGGAAUGGCGCUUCUUUUACAUCGUAGGGGAUUUAAGAAGAUAACAGUGGUUCAACGCUCAAAGCCACGACGAGAUGCUUUGUUGGGCUUUGAUCUAGGAAUCCGUGUAAUACACCCAGAUGCAUUGAAAGAGGAGUUUCAAACCAAAAAUGGUCGACUUGAAGGAUUUGACUUUAUAUUUGAUACUGCUGGUACACGUGCGUCAAUCACAGAGUAUUUCCCUUUGGUACGGAAAGGUGGACAAUUCAGCAUAUUUGGGAUUAAUACGAGAGAUCCGUCAUUGCGUCUUGAAGCUGUAGACCCAGUAGAGAUCAUAUGGCAUGAAAUCAGUCUAUCUGGCACAAUAGCUUUCACACCAGAAGAAAUCACUAAAACCAUUGAAGCAGUCGAUGAAUUACACAAAUCAAUUGACUUAUCAAAAAUUGGCAUCAAAGUUUAUCCCAUUGAAAAAUAUGAGGAAGGUUUUGGAAAAAUGCAGAAUAGAGAAUUGGUUAAAGUUAUGUUUGAAUUUAACGCUUAGACAAAGGAAAUAAUUUGGAAUACAUUUGCUGUCUACAGUCUAAAUCAUUUUUUGUGAGUCAAACAAACCUAAAAAUAAGCAACCAAAUGACCACAGUGCAAUAUUAUAUAAAAGAAUGCAUUCAUAUUCUAGCUGUAAACUUUUGUUUAUUUUGGAUUGUUGUGGUUUGGAUUACAAAUGUGUGACCUUUUGUAUUUUGAAGCUUCUCUGAAAUGUAAUUUUCAAAAUGUUUAUGGCUGAAACUUCCCAAAACUCAAGAGUCCACAGAUUUACAGCACAUAAAAUGAGUUAUCUGAAGACUGCAAUUUGCAAAAGUUGUUUUUAAGUAAUGAUGCAUUUUUCUUUAUACCAUUACACUGCAGUGAUUAUUCGAUUCAUAAUGUUUUGGUUUGAAUGACUCACAAUAGAUUGAUUUGGAGUAUAGAAGACAUGGUGGCAACCAUCGCACAUAUAACCAGCAUAAACUCAUUAAUCCUAAUUGACUGAGAGUGAAAGAAACUGAUACUUAUAUCAAAACAUUGUGUAUAGUCUUUUCUGUCAAUAUAAAUUAAUAUUAUAAAUCUAAUUUGAUGAGAUCAGGACAAAUGAUAACCUGGGGGCCAUUAACAGAAACUGCGUAAAGUUAAAAAUUCUUCCAUUGUUGUCUAACUGUGACAUCAUUAUAUCCAUGGUAACAACAAUUGAUUUCUGUUAAUGACCCCCAGAAAUGAUUCAAAUGGCAUCCUAUUGCUUAAAAUAAUAAUAACAUUUAACGACAUUUUUAUAAUGUAUAAGCAUAAGCUAUAUGAGAUAUAUAAGUAUAAGCUUUAUGAGAACAGUGCUGAGAUAAAUAUAGAACAGGGACCAUAUCAUAAUAUCAAAGAUUAACCCUAUCUUUAUUAUUGAAUGAUUAAAGUCAUAUUAUGAUUUUAAGAGAAACUGUUUAUAUCCACUUGA